AUGACGACCACUACUGUCACUCUGCACGGUGUUACCGAUACCCUUAAACCCGAGCAAUCGAAGUACCGCCCGGCUUUCGAGGCAGCCGUUCUUGCAUUCCGCGACGCCGAGUCGAUUUUCGGAGAUCCAAAAUUCGAGCUUCGUGAAGGCUGGGCAAAGGAUGAAACGAGCGACUCGGGCGAAGUGGCCUAUGCAAAGAAAAUGCCCGAUGGACCGCAUAUGUUUACUGUUCAGAGCUUCUUGAAUGGUCAAGUGGACGAUAUCAUGAAAGAUAUUUGGACUCAACCCGAGCGCCUACCCAAUUGGAAUGCGAACAUUGAUUUCUCGCACAUUGUCGCUACACUCACUGAUCAGAUUGAUAUCCUUAAUUACAGCAACGGAGACAUUCUUUUGGUGACUGGCCGUGAAUUUGUCGUCUCUCGUAUUUACCGUAAAAUCGGUGAUGGAUACAUUGUAGCCGCUAGAAGCGUUGAUCUCAAUGAGGUGCCAGAGCAUAAAGGAAAAGUGAGAGGCCAUGUCUUCUUAUGCGCGGCUCGUCUUCGUCCACAUCCAAGCGAUUCGAGCAAGACGAUUUGUGAUUGUGUGAGCCAUGUCGAUUUAAAGGGAAAUAUUCCGGAUAUGGUCGUGAAUCAAUUUGCUGGAAAAUUCGCGCUAAUGGAGGCAAAUGAGAACAAGAAACACUUCGAGUGUCUGAAGAGACAGGCAUGCUGUGGAACGACCUCUCCCCCACAAAAUUGCCCCACUCACAAGCUCCGUCCCGAUCAAUGCAUUUAC